AUGAAAAACCAAUCUGAAAACUCUUCUUCACCUCCCAAAGAAUCAACACCUACUCCUUCGAUCAUGCCUUCAACCACACCUAUCUCUAAGAAAUCAAGGUUCAAGAUGCUUGCUCGUAAGACAGUCACUAACAGCGAACAAAUCAAGAAAAUAAAUGAGAAAUUCAAAGAAAGCGAGGAAGAGAAACCCCAAAAAUCAGCAACUGAGAGGGAAGAAACUGUUUCAUUUGAAACAGAACAGGAAACAGGGGAGAUGGUGUUAUGGAGUGAGGAACCUGUUGACGAGGAAGAAAGUUGGAGAGAAGAAAGAGGUAGUGGAUCCAGUGAUGCAAGUGCAGCUGAGGGGCUGGUUAGGUUGAGGAAGAGGUUCCAAGAACCUGUUCCAUCUAUGAAGGAACCCCUCGAAGAGUUUUUGAAAAAGGUGUCUGAUAGAUACAAUCCAAAGAAGAAGAAAAGUUCAGGAGAUAAAAUUCCUCAAACUACUAGGGCACAGAAGAAGAGAAAGGUUGCCUCUUCUAUCCCUGUAGAGAUUCCUCCUAAAAGAGGAAGAGCUACAAGGAAAGAGAGUAAAAGAAAAGCUGCUGCAAAGGGAAAGAAGAAAGUAAGUGAGCCUGUUGAUGCAAUUGAGAUUAAGGAGAUGGACAUAGUUCUUCAUGAUGAAGACGAGGCAGAGGAGGUGGAGGUUGUGACUCCAAAGGCAAUGAAAAGAAAUACUUCCAAAAAGAAGUCUCCUUCAGAGAUUGUUGAUGUAGAGUCAUCUACCUUAAGAACCAGGUCUACCAGGAAAUCUAGGAAACUGCAAGUAGCGGAGGAGGAAGAAAGUGAAGAAGAAUAG